CUACAUGCAACAUGAACAUGAGCACUGCAGAAAUUAAUUAGAAGACCGAAAUUACCAGGAGACGAAAACACCUGACAACCGGAAUAUUUGGCGGGAAGAUGUAUUCGUAACAUACAAGUUCUGAAAAUGUGUGGCUUUGGGGAAUGAAUAAUGUUGAGUCUGUGUUCCGCAUUAUGUAGACACUUUGAAAGGAGAAGUUUUCAUCCUAAAUGCAGUUCAAACGGCUGUUUUUAUAUACAACACUUCAAAUACAGUAAUGGACAAAAUAGUGUACAAGAUGUUAUAGCCUCAAUCAUCCAAGGUGCCAAAUCUAAUGAUGUGAAAAACAAAAAUGAGACUAGUAGAGUUCAGAAACUUGUAGCUAUUAAGUCCAGUGGUGGAGGGGAUCCACCAUCUACAGAUACUGCCAGUGAUCUAGAAAUAGAAAGUGCUGAACGAGUAGAGCAUAAAAGUAGGAAGUCAACAAAAGCCAUUCAGGGAUCUUCAACUAAAAAAAUCUUAAAAGCACUGAACAAUUUGACAGAUGAAGAGGCAGAAACUCUAGCUUUUAUUAAAAGUGUUAAACUUUUCCAGCUUCUUGAACUUGAAGAAAAAAGUGAAAAGUUCAGAGCCUUUGUUGAGAGAUUAAAACUGAGAAGCAAUCCAGCUGUCACCAGGAUUCUCAGUGCCACACAAACAGACUAUCAGAAGUAUGUACUGGAGCAGUGGAAACUGAGGAUGAUUGAAGAGCUGGGAGUUCAGGGCUUUGAGGAAUACCAGAAAGAGACUUUUGCAAAGGGUCAUAAGCUUCAUUACUCCAUACAACAGAGGCUGAUGGAGGAAGAAAUAGAAAUAACUCCAAACAUAGAGGGAUACUGGAGGAGCCUUCAGCAGAUUCUACCUGCAAUUGAACAAGUAUUCACCCAGGAAGACUAUGUCAAUCAUCCACAUUUACAUUAUAGAGGAAUUUUUGAUUGCAUAGCUGUUUACAGGGGAAGUCCCUGUGUCAUUGACUGGAAGACAUCUUCCAAGCCAAAACCAACAUUACGGGAUACAUAUGACUAUCCACUACAAAUGGUGGCAUAUCUUGGUGCACUCAAUCAGUCUGACUAUCUUGUUGAGAGAGCGAUUCCUCAGGUAACCAGUGCUGCUUUGGUGGUGAUGUAUGAGAAUGGAAACCCAGCUGACAUCCACUACUUGGACUCUGUCAAGUGCCAGAGUUACUGGAGAAAAUGGUUGGACAAGCUACACCAGUAUUGGCUACUGAAAAGCAGAGAGGCAUCAUGAUGGUGCCACCAAAUCAGCAAUAAUAAAAAAAACGAUUCAUUGAAUUUAUGCAAAAAACUUUAAAAAAAAAAUAAAAAAAAUGAUGGGUUAAAAACUACCAGUGCAGUGCAGCAUUUGCUCACAUGAGAGAUGCUACUGAUAGACACAAAUUGUUCAAGACAGAAGAGGAAAAUACACAUGACAUUCAAUAAUUAACAGUAAUUUGAUCUGAAGUAAAUUUCAGGAUGGGUAACUUGAUCACAUUAAUCCUAACAAUGGAUUUGAUAAAUACCAGCAAUGCUUUUGGAUUCUUCAAAAGCAGACGAAGUGAAUUAAUGAAAAAAAAGGUUCUUUAUUUAAAAAAUAGAAUUACACAAUGUAUAAAUGUUGAUUGAAUGAUAAAGAGAAAAAGAUGUACCCCUAUAUCUAUUUUUGAUUAAAAUAUUCUAUUUAAAGCA